UCAAAAUUGGGGGUAAACUGAAAACCUCCUUCUCUCUCCCUUGACUUUUUUCAAAAUCUCCGACGACCACCAUGACGACGGAGCAACCACCGCCUCCGUUAUCCGCCACGUCACCUCUCGAUAAACCACUUCACCUACUCACCGAAGACGACAUUUCUCAAGUCACUCGCGAACAGUGCCGUCAGUUUCUUAAACAAAAAGGAAUGAGACGCCCGUCGUGGAACAAAUCUCAGGCGAUCCAGCAAGUUAUUAUGCUUAAAGCCUUACUUGAACCAACUCCGGAAGGUCCAGAAAGGAACAAGUGCUGAUAGAAAGUACCGGUUCAGCCAAAUGACAUUGAUCAAUCUGAACAAGUAUGAUAACUGUACAUUGGCCUAUUAAUGUAAUAGCAGGUCCAGUAAUGUGUUAAUGAAGAAUGUAUCUUUUUUUGCCUGUUGUUGCUUGAAACGAAUUCGCUUUUAGUUUUGUUAUGAUAGCAUUUGGUUGAUGAUGUACA